UGAUUCAAGAAAACAAUAAACCUUUCUUCAAAUUAUUCUUCUUCUCUGUUUUCUAACAUGGUAUCAGAGUUAUAAGCUUUUGGUUCUUUUCUCAUAUCAUCACUGUUGGGUUUUUUUUGGAAUUGGAUUUUCAAUUCCAUUCCAGAUCUGAAAUUUUGUCAUUGGGAUCUUUUCUCCUACAUAUUAGAUUAUUUAUCCUCGAUUCUCAGGCCCUUUCUGAGGAUUUUGUUGGUUUGUUAUUUCGAUCUUGACAUCUAUUUCUUCAUAUUUUUAGAGUUUUUCAAUAUUGUGAGUUUACUAAUUCUAUGACGAGUUUUGAAAGGAUUGUAACCCAUCCUACUACUGCUAUGGUUGCCAAAGAAGUGAUAAAACAACCUAAUGUCAACCUUGAAUCCCUAAAACAGGUGAUAUUAAAUCUUUUUAAUGGUCCUACUGCCUUAUCUACUGCUCUGGGUACCAAACCUUGGUAUUUCGAUUUUGGUUGUUGUAACAAUAUGUCUUCAAUUACUACUCAUUUCUCUUCAAUGUCACCUAAUAAUUCCUUUCCCGAUAUUUAUUCUGCUGAUGGUUCCCUUAUGAAUGUUAGUCACAUUGGACCCACGAAUAUGACAACUUCUUGGAAAUGGUCGCAAGGAUCAAUUCCGAAUGAAUCUGUGCAUUGUAUGUCAUGUCAAUCUGCAAAGCAACCAGCUUUAUCUUUUUCGAGUAGUCAUUCUCAUUCUACUGCUCCUUUUGAUCUCGUGCAUUCUGAUGUUUGGGGUCCAUCUCCUACACCCACCACGGGGGGUUCCAGGGUACACUGCCACAACAAUCUUGUCCUUAUACUUCUAAACAAAAUAGGUACAUCUGAUGAGCUCUACAAUGCCUCACCACAUGCUCCAACUAGUUCUGUAGAAGAUGAUCUACCUGUUGGUAAUGCAUUAGAUAAUUUUGAGCCUUCUUCUAUAUCACUUGUUGAUUCUACAAAUGAGCUUGUUGUCCCAUCCUCGAGUCAUCUUAUUCGGAGGCCUCUUCUAACCCUCUUUGGAAACAAGCUAUGCAAGAUGAAUUACAAGUGCUUGAGAACACUCAUAAAGGAUUUAGUUGAUCUCCUUGCUGAAAAAUCUCUAAUAGGCUGUAAAUGGGUGUACAAGAUCAAAACACGAUCUAAUGGUUCUGUGGAGCAUUAUAAGGCACGCUUGGUUGCCAAGGGUUUUACACAGGAAUAUGGAAUCAACUAUGAGGAGACAUUUGCUCCAAUGGAUGUGAAAAAUGCUUUUCUUAAUAGUGACCAAGAAGAAGAAGUUUAUAUGAAACCACCUCCUGGGCUCAACCAUCCUCCAAACAAGAUUGCUUGGGGUAUGGUUUUUUUACUUCUUUAUGUUGAUGACAUGAUUAUUACUGGAGAUAAUAUCGCAGGUGUUGAGGAGUUAAAACCAUCUCUUAGUCAGAAAUUUGAGAUGAAAGAUCUUGGUGUUCUGAGCUAUUUUUUAGGGCUUGAAGUGACCUCUUGUGAUGAUGGCUACCUAUUUUCCCAAGUAAAGUAUGCCUUUGAUCUUGUUUCUAAAGCUGAACUCAAUGAUGGUAAGAGUGUUUUUACACCUCUUGAACCUAAUGUCAAGCUUACACCUAUGGAUGGCUCUCCACUUUCUGAUCCUACUUGCUAUCGGCAAUUGGUUGGUAGUUUGAUUUAUCUUACUACGACAUGCCCUGAUAUAGCAUAUGCAGUUCACAUUGUUAGUCAGUUUAUGGCUGCUCCUCGCUCCACUCAUUGUGCAGCAGUACUUUGCAUUGUUCGCUAUGUUAAGGGAACAUUAUUUCAUGGACUCCAUUUUUCUGCCAACUCCUCCCCUAUGCUUCGCGCUUACUCUUAUACUGAUUGGGUUGGUGAUCCUUCUGAUCGUAGAUCUACCACUGGUUACUAUCUUUUCCUUAGUAAUUCUCUUAUCCCUUGGCGAAGUAAGAAACAAACUAUUCCAUCUCACUCUAGUACUGAAGCUGAGUAUAGAGCUCUUGGGGAUACCACAUCAAAACCUCUUUCAUUGCGGUGGCUUCUUGAAGAUAUGGGCAUUCCUCAACCUUCUUCUAUUGAUUUAUAUUGUGAUAAUCAAAGUGCUAUGCAGAUUGCUCAUAAUGAUAUCUUUCAUGAACGCACUAAACACAUUGAGGUUGAUUGUCACUUUAUUCGCCAUCAUAUUGCACAAGGAACUGUUCAUUUGGUUUUCAUUGGCUCCACUGAUCAACCAGCAAAUCUCUUUACUAAGGCUCAUUUUCCUGGACGCUUUCAUACUCUUCUUUCCAAACUCAAGUUGGUUUCAUCACAACCACCUUGAGUUUGAGGGGGGAUGUUAAUUAGAUGUUAACAUAAUUAUAUUUAGAAUUAUUGUAAAUAUUUUAUACUUUAGAAUAUUCUCUUUAUAUACUUUAUACCUUAAAAUAUUCUCUUUGUAAACACUUAUAUAUAGGUCAUUAUACAUACAGUAUGAUUCAAGAAAGCAAUAAAUCUUUCUUCAAAUU